GAUAUAAAUAUCAACAGACUGCGUGCUCUCCUCUUGCUGCUCUGCCUCUUGCUGCUGUUAAGCCCUCUCUCUGUUUUCUGCCAUAGGAUGCACACCUCGACCACCACGUGCAGCCUCGGCUCUGCUGAUGAAAAUGCGGUGACUCAGGCAGACGAGGGGCUGAAGACCGUCCACCUGGAGCUCACGGAGACCUGCCUGGACAUGAUGGCACGAUAUGUGUUUUCCAACUUCUCCGCAUUGCCCAAGAGGUCACCCAUAGCAGAGUUCUUGUUGGCAGGGGGUCGCAGUAUGACCUGGCUUGUGGGCAACAAGCUGGUGACCAUAACAACCAGUGGAGGGGUCCGAACACAAGCAUUGCUAGGCCUGGACAUGGCUGAACGUCUGGGAGGAGGAGGGGAAAUGACCAGGUCAGACCCAUCUCUACACACCCGAAUAACCAAAGAGGCUCCAGCCAAACUGGAGUCACAGUCAAGCCAGCAGCACAGCAGAGCCACACGCAUACGGGUCCGCUCCAUCUCAGGAGGCCACGCUCUACGUGCCGGUCCUGCUCAGAGCCUCAGUCCUCUUGUGUCCCCGUCUGAGGGCGAGUUAGCUGCUCCCCUCUCUCCCUCGACCGGUCCCACCCUUGAUGCCCUGGGUCCUCCCUCCUCCAGCUCAGUGGCCCCGUCAACCCCCCCGCCUCUCAAAGACAACCCCAGUCUGGCUGAUUUUGUCCCCAUGCUCACACAGGGCUGGGCAGAGAUCUUCAUCCGGAGACCGUCUGGUAACACCAGCUGGCUCAUGUGUCUGGAGAACCCACCCAGUCCCUUUUCCUCUGAGCUCGGCAACAUGCCGCUUCAGGAGCUCUCCACUGUCCUGAUGGCGAUGGAGGGAGUGAAGGAGCCUCCUGCCCAGACUGCCAGCGCUCCCGCUAGCACCGCUGCUCCCGCACCGGCACCGGUCUCUGAGCCCCUGACCCAAACACAGAGCAGCGUCGCAGGGAAGGCAAACCUGAUCCAGCGCUCCAACACUGAGUCUGUGGUGGUGCUAGAGGAAAGCUCAGUAGUCGCUGCAGCACACAGCCCGUCUGAUUGGCUGGAGAGUGAGGAGUUUGAGCCAAUGACCUCUGAUCCCAUCUUCAUGUCUGCUGACAAGUUCACCAAGACCCCGCCUCCUGGAACACUCAGCAGGUCUUCCUCCACCUCCAGUCAAGAUGACGAGAAGUCGACUCUUGAGGAAGUAAGUGAGGGAGCGAUUCCCAUCGAUCAGCCCACCAUGGGUCCUUCUACACCUGGCAGCCAGGGACCCGAGCUUCCCUUCCAGAGUCAUUCUAAGUCCCAGGGUCACGGACUUAACAAAUCUAGCUCCUCUCCAGAGCUCCAGACGUUACCUGAAGCCUUCACCAAGGCUGCUCUGGAGUCUGAGACAGUGCUGUCAGACACAUUGCGGCCCAGGCUGCCCUCAGAUGGCAAGCCUCAGCAGCCGCAGCAGCCGCAGCAGCAGCAGCAGCAGCAGCAGCAGCAGCAGCAACCUCAACCUCAACCUCAACCUCAUUUUGAGAAAGAUAAGGUGGAGGUUAGCACGGGAGGGGACGUUAAUGGCCUGGGAGGCGCUGAAGGCCCUGGUGUAGCAUCAUCUCAGAGUGGAGGGGCAAGGAUGAGGCUGGAGUUUCCAGCAGCAGUGGCACAACCUGGACCCAUCUCCCCCAGCGGAGGCCACCGGCCCAGGGGUCACACCAUCUCAGUAUCGGCCCCCUCCUCCAGGAGGGAGAGAAGGACAGAGAGGGACUUGUACCACAGUCGGCCAGGACCCAGCAACACUGAGAAGAUUUCUGGACUGAGUCCCAGCUUUGUCUUCCUCCAGCUCUACCACUCUCCUUUCUUUGGGAAUGAGGCUAACAAGCCACUGCUGCUGCCUAAAACUCAGGUGAUUGACCGAGCUGUGAAGGUUCUGGACCAGAUGCCUCCUUAUGACACCCAUAAGAUCGGAGUGGUGUUUGUUGGAGCUGGUCAGGUUAACAAUGAAGUCUCCAUCCUUUCAAACGAGUACGGUUCCAACCGCUACGCUGCCUUCCUAACAGGCCUGGGCAAACUAAUCCAUUUGAAAGACUGUGACCCCGACCAGAUCUUCCUUGGAGGGCUGGACCAGUACGGAGACGACGGAGAGUUCACCUACUGCUGGCAUGACGACAUCAUGCAGGCGAUCUUCCACAUAGCCACACUGAUGCCAAACAGGGAGAGCGACAAGGGCUGCUGCAACAAAAAGCGUCACAUUGGCAACGAUUUUGUCAUGGUUGUGUACAAUGACUCUGGAGAGGACUACAAACUGGGCACAAUUAAGGGCCAGUUUAAUUUUGUAGAAGUCAUUAUAAAACCACUGGAUUUUGAAUGUAACCUCGUCACCCUACAGUGCCGCAAAGACCUUGAGGGCUUAGUUGACACAACAGUGGCAAAAAUCGUUUCAGACCGCAACCUUCCACUCUUAGUCAGACAGAUGGCUCUGCAUGCAAACAUGGCCUCUUUGGUGCACCAGUACAGAGCAAACCCGUCAGAUGCUUAUGCCUCCAAGUGGCUGGCGAGAUUACGACACAUUAAGAGGAUCAGAACCAGGGCCCAAGAAGACAUUCAGUCUCGCUCGACUCCCGGCAUCUCGCUGACCCAAGGACACACUCAGCAGAACAAGUCGUUUCAGCAGAGCACUCCAGCACCAAACCCUGAAACCUCAGGGCAGAGAAAGAGACUUGUAUCAACAGUGGACGAUUUCACUGAUUUUGUUUAAUUACAUUUCUUCUCCUGGCUGACGCGAUCGCACAUGUGAGCAUGCACUCAUGACCGUAGACAAGGGGUGUUUGCGUGUUAACAUGUGUGGAAUAAAAAGUGACCAUGGAC